GAGCUGGUGGCUUCUAUGUGGUGUGGCCAGAGUGGAGGGCGCCCUAGCCAGCGACUGUGUCGGCUGGCAACGUGGCAGUGCUGGAGCUCGUGCGGGAGGGUUGGUGGCAGUGAUAAGCGUCCUGUGGUCCGCCAUGGUUGGCAACCCUUACAGAUACCGCGCGGCUCUGCAGCAGUUGGAUAACAGGCACGCCACGGCAGGCUGCCUGCUGGCGCUGCUGUUCGUGAUUCCCUUCGCCGCGAGUUCCUGCAGCAUGGCGGCGCUGCUGGUCUCAGCGGCCCUGUACUCUGCUGUCGUGGUGCCUGUUGCGGCGGGUCUGCUGCCGCUCAGCGCCGUGAUUGGCCGGCUGAGGUCGCUGCUGCAGGCGCUGGAACGCAGCCAGGCGCUCGGCGUGCUGCGCCAGGCCUGGUUCUGCAGCUUGUGGCUGCACGAGGUGUACUCGCAGCUGGACGGCAUCCACGCCACCACCAACCAGGUGCUGUUCUUCCUGCUGAGCGAGAAGCUGCUGUGUCCGGAUCAGCGGCUGUCCUGCCUCUACGUGCUGCUCUGCUACACGGUGCUGGCCUACCUGUGGCGCUCCCUGCACACGCGCCAGUGGUCGCAGCUGCUGCACGAGACCUCCGCGGCAGACUUCAUCAAGCUGACGACGGCCUUCGUGGUGGUGCGUCUGGGCAGGGGCGUCGCCAUGAGCCUGGUGCUGCUCACCUUCAGCCUGCACUUCAACCACCUGGAGCCUGGCGGCGCAUACGUGCUGUUCACGGCCACCUACUUCCUGCUCACCCAGUACCGAGGCGAGGCUGGAGAGGAGACCGCGGCGGUGUCGUGCGCGCGGUACCUCGACCUGCCCGUGCUGGAGGGCCUGGAGGAGUACUGGGUGCCACUCCUCGUGCGGGCGACCGCGGUCCUCAUGUCCGCUCUCGUCGCGUGUGUAGCAGCACUCGACGCCAGCCUGUUGCCGCUGGCGCUUCUCGUCGGGUACUCCAACGUGUACGUAGCGGGUCUCCGCGCCGCCGAGCGCCUCUGGGAGCCCCUGGAGUCGCAACUCGCGGUCGUGUCGGCGUUCCCGCUGGCGUCCCGCUCCGAGCUGCGGCGGCGCGGGGACUCCACCUGCGCCGUCUGCCUGGACGAGAUGCGGCCCCCGGGCGCCCGCGUCACGCCCUGCGACCACGUGUUCCACGGCGCGUGUCUGCGCCGGUGCGCGCUGCAGUUCGGCCAGUGCCCGCUGUGCAAGGCGCCCCUGUGACAACCUCAACAAGUGUCUGUAUAUCAGCUGUGGACUUGGAUAGGUAACACUAACUGUGAAUUUAAGUGCUCUAAGUACACAGACAAUAUUAUUAUUUUAAAAAAUUAAAUUUUUUUUUUAAAAGUCA